AUGGUUCUGGCAAAGUCAAAGAAGUCGGUCGGACUGGGCAACACCCUCAUGAACGAUCGCUUCGGCAAAGGCAAAGGAACCGAUAGAAAGCGAACUUCUGCCAUCACCAGAACAAACCACGCCACAGGCGAGCAAUAUCUCGUCAACGAGAAGAAGGAUGCUUCUUGGGUCAAGAUGCGCUCCGUCACGGAGCAGGGCGAUCUUGACGAGUUUUUGGCCACCGCUGAGUUGGCUGGUACCGAUUUUACUGCUGAGAAGACCAACAAUGUCAAGAUUAUCCACACAGACCAAAAGAACCCCUACCUUUUGUCGGCGAACGAGGAGCGAGAUGUUCUUGGAAAGCACAAGCAGCACAAGGGUCGUUUGACCGUGCCCCGAAGACCCCAGUGGGAUUCCACAACGACUCCCGAUGAGCUGGACACCCGAGAGCGAGAGAGCUUCUUGAACUGGAGGCGCGGCUUGGCCGAGUUGCAAGAGAACAACGAUCUUCUUAUGACACCGUUUGAGCGAAACUUGGAGGUCUGGAGACAGCUCUGGCGAGUUAUUGAACGAUCGGACCUUAUUGUUCAGAUUGUCGAUGCCAGAAACCCCCUACUGUUCCGUUCUGAGGAUCUCGAAGAUUAUGUCAAGGAUGUUGAUCCCAAGAAGGAGAACCUUCUUCUAAUCAACAAGGCAGACAUGAUGACACCCAAGCAGCGUAAGGCUUGGGCAAAGCACUUAAAAGAGGCAGGCAUCGCCUACCGUUUCUUCUCAGCCGAGCUGGCCAAGGCAGAGAACGAGCUGAGAGAUCUUGUCGACUCGGACGAGUCGCCUGCUGGUCCUUCAUCAGAGAAGGUCGAGGAGGGAGAGGGAAGCGCUCAACAAGAGCAGGAGGGUGCUCCUUUGAAUGAGGAGCCAGCCCAGGAGACUCAGAUUGAUGGAGAGGCCAAGGCAGCUGAGGAGGCGGAUGAUAUCGACACACAGAUUCUCACAGUCGAGGAGUUGGAAGACAUCUUCCUAAAACAUGCCCCCGCAGACGCAGGCGCAGAUUAUAAGUUGCAAGUCGGUCUGGUUGGUUACCCCAACGUCGGUAAAUCGUCCACCAUCAACGCCCUCAUCGGCGCAAAGAAGGUCUCCGUCUCUUCGACACCUGGAAAGACCAAACAUUUCCAGACAAUCCACCUGAGCGAACGUGUCAUCCUCUGUGAUUGUCCCGGUCUUGUCUUCCCCAACUUUGCCACCACAAAGGCCGAUCUGGUCUGCAACGGUAUUCUUCCCAUUGACCAGCUUCGCGAGUUCACAGGCCCUGUCGGUCUUGUCACUCAGCGAAUUCCUCAGCCUUUCCUCGAGGCUAUUUACGGUAUUCACAUCCGUACCCGAGUCGCUGAAGAGGGUGGUACUGGUAUCCCUACUGCCCCUGAGCUUCUCCGCGCAUAUGCUCGUGCCCGUGGUUUCCAGACCCAGGGUCUCGGUCAACCUGAUGAGUCUCGUGCCGCUCGUUACAUCCUUAAGGAUUACGUGAGCGGUAAGUUGCUGUUCGUUUCACCGCCUCCUGGAAUUGACAACGCUGCCGACUUCAACCGUGGACUCUACGACGAGGACCAUCUUCCUGAGAAGCGACGUGCUGCCCUAAGCGCCGCUAUGGAUCAGCUUUCUGUUGCCGACCCAGCCAGCAGCGAGCCUUUCCUGGCCAUGGAGGACGAUGCCGUUGACCUCGCCUCAACCGUUGACGUUCCCAUGCCUGCCGGUCCCAAGUCAAAGAAGAUCGACAAGGGCUUCUUCGGACCCAACAGCUCUCAAGGCCAUGUCAGCAAGCCCUUCAACUACCAGUACACCCAGCAGGGCAAAGAAGAUUCUCUAGCUGGUAGGCACCUGUCCGGCCGCAAGGCACGCGUAGCUGUCGCUCUCGAGAACGGAGUUAACCCCGAUGAGGUUCAAAUCGGAUCAAGCAAGAAGCACUUCAAGGGUGGUCCUAGUGGUGGAGCACCUAAACGCCGUACUGCCCGCCGACAAGCACACGAGGAUGACGACUAA